AUGUGUAACCCCCCACCUAAUUUCCUUCCCCCCACCGAAAAAUCAUUCAUCCUCUCCCUCUGCAUCCUCCACAACAUCCGCCUCAAGCACCGCACCAGGCGCAACACCUGGCCGCAAAUCAUCUUUGCUCUCGAAGUCGAAGCGCCUCUCCACUACCCCGAUGGAGAAUACUUCGAUACCGACCCCUGGCCCCCAAAAAUCUACAUCACUUCAUCUCUGAGAAAUUACGUCGAGCGCUGGAUGCUUGAGGUGAAAGGAGAUGAGAAAGCGAAGUUGAGAGCAGAGGGAGGGAGAAUGUUGACGGAGAUUAUUGAGGAACAUGUUGAGUCGGGGGAGUGUGGGAGGACGAAUUUUGGGGGCUGGGAAAUGGAGCCUGGAUGGGUGUAG